GACACGGCGUAUGUAAAUAAAGAUCAGUUUGACGAGAAAUGUGACGAAAAGUGUUUCAGUUACAUUAAUAAAUGGCUAAACGCUUUCAUUAAUACGCGUGCGUAUCCAAUUAAAAAACAAACGGACAAAGAGAUAUGGCGUCGACGAGUGAAAAAAGUGUAGAAGAAAUUCCGUUAACCGUGAUUACUGACACCGGACAAAUUUCAGAAACAGAAUCAACAACAGCCUAUGUACAAAAACAACCAACGUUGUCGUCACCAACGACUUCCCAAGAGUCCGAACCUAAAAAACCGGAGCCACCUAAGUCAAGUGCAUUUUAUAAGAAGACAUAUACAAGUGGAAAAAUCCGUUUUGUCGAAGACGACAAACGUGAUGCAAAAUUCAUCAAGAUAAAUGCUGAUGCUGGGGACAAUGAAAGUAUUCUGCAGCAAGUGGCGGAAGGCGUUGUUAACAAGCUUUGGCAACUUCGUCGUAAAAAUCUUCUGCUGUCAGUCACUUCCGGUGCGGAUGAGUUAGAUGAAGCAGGUCGUAAUGUAUUCAUAGAGGGCAUCGCAAAGAUGUUACCAGGAACAUGUAUGGUGACUGGCGGAACCAAUGAUGGAGUGACCCGACUUGUCGGAGACGCUGUAUUUUGGGUCAACAACUUAAGCCGCGAUGAAGGAGAUAAAUGUCCAACUAUUGGAAUAGUCUGUUUGGACCGCUUACGGAAUAAGGACACAAUAAAGCCUUGGGAACUGACCAGAGGAGUGUUCGGCAUUGACUCAGAUGGUGAGCUGUUUACCGUCGAUAAAAGCGGUGAAAGGUGGACGUUGAACCCAGUUAAUGUUCAAAGUGACGGUAACACAACGGCUAGCCCUUUAUCUGGUGAUGUUGAUGGCAAUUCAAGUUCUCCUCGCUUUGCUGUUGGCGACUUGGUGCAGAUCAGAAAUGAACGGGAGUUUUUCGAAGACGAUGACAAUGGGGUGCAGCCUCCAGAGACGAUGACGUCCAUUGUGCUGUCUUGCAUCUGCAUACAGAAUCUGAGACAGCGCUAUGGAAAUGAGCGUACCAUUGGUAAAAUUGGUUACAUAGUGCAGGUGGAUGAAGAGGAUAAUAGACUGAAGAUCCAUUUGCAUGAUGAUUGGGGGUGGUACAAGCCGGAAGCAGUCACGUUGUUUACGGGAGAGCGUUUCAUUGCCAUUUUGAAGACACACUUCGAGAUUUACAAGCCUUCAGAUAAGAAUGACGAGCUUGUACAGGCUGUUAUGAGAGGCGAUGCUAAUGAUGUCUACGCGAUCAUCCGCCAGGCUUACAAGGAUUUCAGAGUCGUUGAACGCGUCUGUGAAUACGAACUAACCACGGCAAUCGAUGAUUUUGAAGACAAGGAGAAUAAAGAACGUUAUUUGAAUCCACACCACCACCUAUUCGUCUUAGUGGAAGACUCUACGCUCAACAAAUUCGGUGGAGAAAUUGAGUUUCGAGCUAUUCUAGAAAAACGAAUUUCGUCCGAAAUACUCCGAUCAAGGAUUAAAGGGGAAAUCUAUCAAGACCAAUCAGUUAUACAAGUCCCACACGUCAAACUCGUUCUGAACAAUGACCAAUACACAUUGGAAACUGUAAAAUCUGCUAUGGAAAAAGGCAUACCUUCCGUGGUGGUAAUCACUACCGACUCGGAUACUCACAAAAGACAAGACAGUGCCAUUUUCGGCAGCAAGAAUGAAAUCAAAAUGAAAAUGCUUCGAAACAGUAAUAUUCCAAAUGACGCAAUCAACAGAUUUCAAGAAACUAUCCAGCACGAAAUAAACCGUUUUGCGGUCAUAAAUCUUAGCGACAUGCCCUAUCUGCUGGAGGAUUUGACAUUGGAAGUUUAUUGGUCAGGUGCGUAA